GCUUGCAUCAAGUCUUCAUUCCUCCUUUCGUCUCCUCACCACACAUCAGUCAACUAUGCCUCAGAACGAAUAUAUCGAAGAGUCGAUUAAGCGACAUGGUCGCAGGCUUGAUUAUGCUGAGCGCAAGCGUAAAAGAGAGGCUCGUGAGGCCCACAAGAACUCUCAGUUUGCACAAAAGGUUACAGGUCUAAGAGCCAAGAUGUAUAACAAGAAGAGGCAUUCAGAAAAGAUUCAGAUGAAGAAGACUAUUAAGCAGCACGAAGAAAAGAAUGCCAAGCAGAAGGAUACAGAAGCUGUUCCUGAAGGAGCUGUUCCUGGUUAUCUGUUGGAUCGUGAAGGUCAGCAACGUGCCAAGGUACUAAGCAAUAUGAUCAAGCAAAAGCGUAAGGAGAAGGCUGGUAAAUGGAAUGUACCUUUGCCAAAGGUCCGUGGUAUUGCUGAGGAUGAGAUGUUCAAGGUUCUUCGUUCUGGAAAGACCAAGGGCAAGUCAUGGAAGCGAAUGGUCACAAAGGCUACCUUUGUUGGUGAUGGCUUUACUCGUAAACCUCCAAAGUAUGAACGCUUCAUCCGUCCUUCAGCUCUUCGUUAUAAGAAGGCUCAUGUCACUCACCCAGAACUCAAGGCGACAUUCUGCUUGCCUAUCAUUGGUGUCAAGAAGAACCCUCAGAGCCCUCUAUACACUCAGUUGGGCGUUCUGACUAAGGGUACAGUCAUUGAAGUCAACGUAUCAGAAUUAGGGUUGGUCACAACAGGAGGCAAGGUUGUCUGGGGUAAAUAUGCUCAGAUCACCAAUAACCCAGAGUUGGAUGGCUGUGUGAACGCACUUCUCCUAGUCUAAACAACAGAAGGGGAUAAAAGACGAUUUAGCAUAGCUUGUCUCCAUCCUUCAUUUCAUCCUGCCUCAUUGUAUUGUACACUUAUUUUUUAUAUCACGUAUUAAAAUUAGAAAAAAAAGG